GAUGCGAGCUGAUGAGUAAUCACCGGUAUUUGUCCUCAAACAGUGUUGACAAAGCCUGGAAAGAACUGAGUAACAUCCUCUCGGGAAUAUUCUGUGCUUCUCUCAACUUCAUUGACUCGACCAACACGGUCACUCCAACGGCAUCCUUCAAACCCCUGGGCUUAGCCAACGGGACAGAUCAUCAUCUCCUGCGGUAUGCUGUCCUGCCCCGGGAGGUGGUCUGCACAGAGAACCUCACACCUUGGAAGAAGCUGCUCCCGUGUGGCUCAAAGGCUGGGCUUGCUGUGCUGCUGAAGGCCGAGCGCUUGUUCCACAGCAGCUACCACUCACAGGCCGUGCACAUCCGCCCCAUCUGCAGGGAUGCCUCCUGCCUGGCUGUGUCCUGGGAGCUCAGACAGACCCUCACUGUGGUCUUUGACACCUUUUCCAGUGGCCAAGGAAAGAAAGACUGGUCCCUCUUUAGGAUGUUCUCUCGCACACUCACUGACGCGUGUCCUCUGGCAUCGCAGAGCAGAGUCUAUGUUGACAUCUCCCCUAAGAACAAGGAAAACAAGUUACUGGAAGUGACCCCACCUCCAGCCUCUGUACACGAAGCUGUUGUCCAGGGAGACAAGAAAACCUACGCUGUCUAUGACCUGCUGAGCCCCUCGCUCUUCAAUACAUCGCGCAGCCUCAACGUGCAGCUGAAGUGGAAGCGGCCCCAAGACAGCUCGGACCUGCCGACACCCGUACUCCAUGCUCAGCGCUACGUGAGUGGCUACGGGCUGCAGACCGGAGAGAUCAGCACUCUCAUCUACAACACUCACCCGUACCGGGCUUUCCCCGUGAUCCUGCUGGAGACUGUGCCCUGGUAUCUGCGACUCUAUGCACACACUCUGACUAUCAUCACAAAGGGGAAGGAAAACAAGCCAAGUUACAUCCACUACCAGCCAGCCCAGGACCGGAGACGGCCUCACCUCUUGGAAAUGCUGAUCCAGCUCCCAGCCAACUCUGUCACCAAGAUCACGAUCCAGUUUGAGAGAGCCUUACUGAAGUGGACAGAGUACCCACCUGACCCCAAUCACGGCUUCUAUGUUGGUUCAUCUGUGCUUAGUGCCCUGGUGCCCAGCGUCAUUGCGAUGAAGGACACGGAUGUGGAGGAGAGCCCUCUCUUCACCUCGCUGUUUCCUUCCUCUGACGGCUCCAGCUAUUUUGUGCGCCUGUACACAGAGCCGCUGCUGGUGAACUUGCCGACGCCAGACUUCAGCAUGCCCUAUAACGUCAUCUGCCUGACCUGCACCGUGGUGGCCGUGUGCUAUGGCUCCUUUUACAACCUGCUGACCAGAACGUUUCACGUGGAAGAGCCGAGCCGGGGUGGGCUGGCCAAGCGGCUGGCCAACAUCAUCCGCAAAUUCAGGGGGGUGCCCCCCCUCUGAGAGAAACCAGGGCAGCUGCUGCUGGUCCUGGGGCUCCGUGGGGUGACCCAGGGAGAAAAGCGCUGCUGCUUCUUGUCUUUGCUGGAAGUGACCUGCUCCAUUUUGCUGCUUGGGUCUCUCUUUGAGGUCCAACAAGCUGAGAGAUCGCUUCUGUCAUUAGGAUGGGAAAUGGCUUUAAGCCUGUUGACUACUGAACUGCACUGCUCUGGGACUGGGAAAGGUGUAAGACUUCUGUUUGAGAGGAGGGGUAACUUACCUGCUGGGAACAAUGCUGGAAGUAAACAUGAGCUGUUUUGUA